AAGUCAGGUGCUACACUGCAACACCACAAGAUUUCUUUUUCAUAGACGGUUUUCUACUGCAGGAUGGAUCUAUAUGUUACGGCACUCGCCCUGGUGGUGUUUUUGGCGGUACUUCUGAGUACUGGAAAUGGACACCUGUGUGUGAUAGAGCCUCGACAGAGGGGGGACUUCGAUAUCUCAAAAUCCGGCAGCCACACGUGUUUCCGACACGGCCCCCCGUGCGGCGGUGAGCCAGCGAGCCCCCCCACCCAUACCUACCUGAGCAGCACCGCGGUCACCCUUCUCUGGCAACAGAACUACAACCACUACACAGUCGGCUAUCCAGGAUACAUGGACGUGGCCUGGUCUGACGUCACGGAUAUGAAGAAUUUCCACCUGUUGGCCGUCAUCGGGGACCUGAAUGAGCAUGCGCAGGACCACCAGCGCAACUACUCCAUCCCUGUGGUAAAUAAGAGUGAAGCAGUACAAAAACUGCUAUGA